AUUCCCGGGUGCAGAGGCUAUGCGGAACGCUAGUCUCCCGGAAGUGGAUACUUGCUUCUUGGCGGAAAGCUGAGCGCGCACACCCCGGGGCAAGAUGGCGGUCGGGCUUCGGCUGCUGCCCCGGGUCUGGCAGAGCUUGGGGGAGUCGGGCUGAGGCGGCUGCAUUGGCGGCCCCUACCCCGAUUGCGGGGGCCCCGAGUGGGUAAAAUCUUCGACUGCCGGGUAGCGAGUGGGAUCAGGGUUGCACGCACUCUAGGAGAGAAGACAAGCGUCUUGGAAGUGAAAAGCUGCCUUCAGCCGAGUCCUGAGCAAGAUUGCUAAUGAUUACCUGGCAUUUCUGCAUCACAGGUAAAUCCUGAGUUCUCUUAUCCUUCCUCCUAUGGCCAGGCGGGCUCUGUUCCUUUGUUUUGAGAAUUACUGAUGAGAGACCCAUAUCUUGGAAAAGCCCUGUUGUUGUUGGACAGAUGUGGAUCAGUGUUGGGAAGGCGCCCAGGGCUCCCUCGACAUGUUCAUAUGGACUAGAUCCAUCUGUUGUGGCCCUGACAAACUUUAUUCUUGACGAUGUUUUCACGUGGGUGCUGCCUUGAGUGAAAUAACCUGGUUUGCAAAUAUGUUUACCGUGUCUCAGACCUCGAGGGCAUGGUUCAUCGAUAAAGCCCGCCAGGCCCGAGAAGAAAGACUGGUUCAAAAGGAGCGGGAGCGGGCAGCUGUUGAGAUUCAGGCCCACGUCCGGAGUUUUCUCUGUCGGAGUCGCCUGCAGAGAGAAAUCAGGAGAGAGAUUGAUGAGUUUUUUAAUGCAGAUGACUCUGGGUCCAGUAAAAGAAGCGCACUUUGUAUUUUUAAGAUUGCCCGGAAGCUGUUGUUCUUAUUCAGAAUUAAAGAGGAUAAUGAGAGAUUGGAGAAGCUGUGUCGCUGCAUCCUGAGCAGCAUGGAUGCAGAGAAUGAACCCAAGGUGUGGUACGUGUCCCUGGCUCUUUCCAAGGAUCUCACGCUCCUGUGGAUUAAACAGAUCAAGGCCAUUCUGUGGUAUUGCUGUGAGUUUCUUCAGCAACUCAAGCCUGAGAUCCUACAAGACUCCAAACUCAUCACACUGUACCUCACCAUGCUUGUCACCUUCACAGACACCUCAACAUGGAAAAUUCUCCGGGGAAAAGGUGAGAGUCUCCGACCAGCCAUGAACCACAUUUGUGCAAACAUAAUGGGACAUCUGAACCAACGUGGAUUUUAUUCAGUGCUGCAGAUACUGUUAACACGUGGCCUAGCGAGACCCCGGCCUUCGCUGUCCAAAGGCACUUUAACUGCAGCCUUUUCUCUGGCAUUGCGCCCUGUGAUUGCUGCACAGUUUUCAGACAAUCUGCUUCGGCCGUUCCUCAUCCACAUCAUGUCCGUGCCUGCUCUUGUGACUCAUCUCAGCACUCUGACCCCCGAGCGUCUCACUGUUUUAGAAUCUCAUGACAUGCUUCGUAAAUUCAUCAUAUUUUUAAGAGACGAAGAUCGAUGCCGUGACGUAUGUGAAAGUUUAGAAGGCUGCCAUACACUUUGCCUGAUGGGCAACCUCCUCCACUUGGGCUCCCUCAGCCCCAAAGUGUUAGAGGAGGAGACGGAUGGGUUUGUGAGUUUGCUCACCCAGAUGCUCUGCUACUGUCAGAAGUACGUGUCACAGAAGAAAUCCAACCUGACCCACUGGCACCCUGUCCUGGGUUGGUUCUCCCAGUCUGUGGACUAUGGCCUUAACGAGUCAAUGCCCUUGAUCACCAAACAGCUGCAGUUCCUGUGGGGGGUGCCCCUCAUCCGCAUCUUCUUCAAUGACAUCCUGAGCAAGAAGCUGCUGGAGAACCAGGAGAUGGCCCACGUGCAGCCUGCAUCCCCACAGAACGUGCUUCCAGUGAAGAAUCUCCUAAAGCGUGCAUUUCAGAAGUCGGCAUCAGUCCGGAAUAUUCUCAGGCCCGUCGGGGGUAAACGUGUUGACUCUGCAGAAGUACAGAAGGUUUGCAGCAUCUGUGUCCUCUACCAGACCUCGUUAACAACUCUGACCCAGAUCCGGCUACAGAUACUCACAGGUCUCACUUACCUUGACGACCUGCUGCCCAAACUGUGGGCAUUUAUCUGUGAGCUGGGGCCCCACGGAGGGUUAAAGCUCUUCCUGGAAUGCCUGAACAAUGACACGGAGGAACCCAAGCAGCUCUUGGCCAUGCUGAUGCUGUUCUGUGACUGUUCCCGGCACCUCAUCACGAUUCUUGAUGACAUUGAAGUUUAUGAAGAACAGAUUUCAUUCAAACUCGAAGAACUGGUCACCAUCUCCUCUUUUCUGAAUUCCUUUGUCUUUAAGAUGGUCUGGGAUGGAAUCGUAGAAAACGCCAAGGGCGAGACCUUAGAGCUGUUCCAGUCUGUCCACGGGUGGCUGAUGGUGCUUUACGAGCGGGACUGCCGGCGGCGCUUUGCCCCCGAGGACCACUGGCUGCGAAAGGACCUCAAACCCAGUGUGCUGUUCCAAGAACUGGACAAGGACAGAAAGCGGGCACAGCUGGUCCUGCAGUACAUCCCUCACGUCAUUCCUCACAAAAACAGAGUUCUCCUGUUCCGAAACAUGGUUACCAAGGAGAAGGAGAAGCUGGGGCUUGUGGAGACCAGCUCCGCCUCCCCUCACGUCACCCACAUUACGAUCCGACGGUCCCGGAUGUUGGAGGAUGGCUACGAGCAGCUUCGGCAGCUCUCCCAGCAUGCCAUGAAGGGCGUGAUCCGCGUGAAGUUUGUCAACGACCUCGGGGUGGAUGAGGCAGGGAUCGACCAGGAUGGCGUUUUCAAGGAGUUCCUGGAAGAGAUCAUCAAGAGGGUGUUCGACCCAGCACUCAAUCUCUUCAAGACAACCAGUGGGGACGAGAGACUGUAUCCUUCGCCCACCUCCUACAUCCAUGAGAAUUACCUGCAGCUUUUUGAGUUUGUGGGGAAGAUGCUGGGGAAAGCUGUGUAUGAGGGAAUCGUGGUGGACGUGCCCUUCGCCUCCUUCUUCCUGAGCCAGCUGCUUGGGCACCACCACAGCAUCUUCUACAGCUCUGUGGAUGAGCUGCCUUCUCUGGACUCAGAGUUCUACAAAAACCUCACUUCCAUUAAGCGCUACGACGGGGACAUCUCUGACCUGGGUCUGACACUCUCUUACGAUGAAGACGUGAUGGGUCAGCUCGUUUGCCAUGAACUGAUUCCUGGAGGGAAGACCAUUCCUGUUACAAAUGAAAAUAAAAUCAGCUACGUCCACCUGAUGGCGCAUUUUCGAAUGCACACUCAAAUCAAAAACCAGACGGCUGCCCUCAUUAGUGGCUUCCGUUCCAUUAUCAAACCGGAGUGGAUCCGAAUGUUCUCAACCCCAGAACUGCAGCGCCUCAUCUCCGGUGACAAUGCCGAGAUUGACCUGGAAGAUUUAAAGAAGCACACAGUGUACUACGGUGGUUUCCAUGGAAGUCACAGGGUCAUUAUCUGGCUGUGGGAUAUUCUGGCCUCCGAUUUCACACCCGACGAGAGAGCCAUGUUUCUGAAGUUUGUGACCAGCUGCUCCAGGCCCCCACUGCUGGGAUUCGCCUACCUCAAGCCUCCUUUCUCCAUCCGCUGUGUUGAAGUGUCGGAUGACCAGGACACUGGGGACACCCUGGGCAGUGUCCUGCGAGGCUUCUUCACCAUCCGAAAGCGGGAGCCAGGCGGCCGCUUGCCCACCUCCUCUACCUGCUUCAACCUGCUCAAGCUGCCCAACUACAGCAAGAAAAGCGUCCUUCGGGAGAAGCUGCGCUACGCCAUCAGCAUGAACACCGGGUUCGAGCUCUCCUAGCUCACACCAGGCCCCACCUGCUGCCCUCACAGACUCCCAGGCUCACUGGAGCACACGGACCUGCCAGGCGACAUGGGCCCCCUGGCCCUCUCUAUAGCCAUGAGACUCCCCUGUGGCCCCAAGAACUUUAGGCAGCAUGAUGGCUCAACAUAGCACUCUCCAGGCAAUACUAAUGGGAAGGGAGUGUUGGAAAUAAACCUCCAGAUUCCGCCCACAUUGGUCCUUUUUCCCGACUUGCCAGGGUCCUGGAGCCCAGGACUCGUGAUGUAGAGGGGCUUCUCUUUUUGAUAGUUUGGCCUCUGGGGGAGCGUUUUUCUUUCCUUACCUUGGUGAGUGAGCUGUGCACAAACAAGUCGCAGGACCCCCGAGGGUCCAGAGCAGUUUCCAAGACUUGGGCCUGAGCACACAAAGCCUGCUACACGGAAGAUGCUCCUUCCAUUUCUGAUAACUCUUUACUCAGGUAAGGCCUUGCCAAGCCUCUAUGCACCCGACAAAGUCUCUGCCUCUAUCCCGUCCACAGCAGCCUCUGUCCAGAUAGCCAGGCCCACCUGCUCCAAGGGAGCCAGAAGGGCCUGCUGGCGAGGCCACCAGAGCCCAGGAAGUUCAGGGCACUGCUUCCCCUCGACACCACAGCUCCAUGUGGUGCAGUCCUUCCCCACUCUGCCUCAGAUGCUCAGCAGGCUGAGCUGCUGGCCAGGCGUCUCCACCGGCUUUGUUCCCCUUCUUAAACGUUCACUGGGUUUGGGAGGAAAAAAACCAUUGUCUCGUAGGAGCAGCUCCCAUUUCCAGAAUACUCUAUCACCCAAAAUCUGCUGGCUCCCAAGGGGAACCAGAGUUGCCUCACUUGUUAGCUAAUGAGGAAACAAAUACUAACCUGAGGUACUAUAGCCCAUUGGCCGUGGCUUUACCCCCUAGAUUGUACAAUCCCGGGAGACUUGGGUCUGCUGCCCCAUCUGUUCCUCAGCACAGGGAAACCCAGAGUCCUUUGCACUGAUGUAGGCCCGUGAGGCCAAGGAAACACACACCCUCUGGGUUGGUUUUCUUUUUUCACUUUGUUUUCUCUCCCAACCCGUUGUUCCUCUGUCCUCAUUCCUCCUCUUUAUCACCAGAACUUUAUCCUACUUGCAGGGAAUUGAGGUAAAAGGCCCUGUUCAGUGAUCUGUGUUGACAGCCACCUACUCUCCCACCUCAUCAUGUUCAUUUUGCACCUCCUAUGUCCCCUCCACCAAAACUGAAGCCAGAUUAGAAGCCAGGAGUACCUGGCCCAGUGGUCUCCCCCUCAGUUGCUUGGUGAAGCCGACUUAGACUUGCAGCUUUCUUCAAAGCAGCAAAACACCUUCCAGCGAGAACCGUCAUCUUGGCACCAAAGCAGGCAAGAACUGUCUCCAUGGCCUUCUUCAGACAGUAUCGGCUGGAUCCUAGUGUCCUUCCGGGCCCAAGCCUGGGUGCGAGAGCUCCUGGACUCGGGGAAACAGAGUAUGCGUUUUACUUUCAAGGAAAGAUAGCAAGAAAUUUAAAGACGGCACCUUCUUAUUAUUAGUAUUUAAGAUGUGUUCGUAACCCCUGAUUCUGUGGACUCGCCACUUUUCUUUAAGAACUAAAUUCCUUUGAAGAUUUCUCCUGAACGUGUGUGUGUACUAACAGGUUUGUACAUAUGUGCUGGGGCCUAAGUAAUUGUCAGCCUGCAGAAGAUCAGCUGAUCCCGUCCGGAUUUUAUUACCUGACCACCGGAGCCAGUGGGGGACUGGGGAGAGAGUGGUUUAUAAGCACCAAUGUCAGCUUUUUUGUGUGUGAGGAGGGGUAGUUUGUCAUUUCAUUUGAAUUCUUCAUCAUUUGGAAAUACUGCACUAUCUAAAAACACUGAUCUGUACUUCUUUCUAUAGCUGAUGUUCACAUGGUGAUUAUUAUGUAUUUGACACCUUCUUGACUCUAAAAAGUUGUGCUUUUUUUUUUGUUUUUCAUAGAUAACUUAUGGAUUAAGACAGGACUAAAGGCUUUAUUAAAUUUGUACUUCAGCACAUGA